AUGGCUUCUCAGAUCCUCAGACGAACACUCGGAAGCCGCUAUUUCGCAAACCACAGGCCCUUCUCUUCCGUCACAACUCCGAUCCGUGCCACUCUUUUCCCCGGCGAUGGUAUCGGUCCCGAGAUCGCCGAUUCCGUCAAACAGAUAUUCCAAGCGGCUGAAGCACCAAUAGAAUGGGAAGAGCACUACGUAGGGACCGAAGUUGACCCUAGAACCCAGAGCUUUCUGACAUGGGAAAGUCUAGAAUCGGUUAGACGGAAUAAGGUUGGCUUGAAAGGGCCAAUGGCCACCCCUAUUGGAAAAGGGCAUCGUUCAUUAAACCUUACUCUGAGAAAAGAACUAAAUUUAUAUGCCAAUGUUCGACCUUGCUACAGCCUUUCUGGAUACAAAACUCGAUACGAUGAUGUUGACCUCAUCACAAUCCGUGAAAAUACAGAAGGCGAGUAUAGUGGACUUGAACAUCAGGUUGUGAGGGGUGUAGUAGAAAGUAUCAAGAUUAUUACACGUCAAGCGAGUACAAGGGUGGCUGAGUAUGCUUUUCACUACGCCAAGGCACAUGGAAGAAAGAGGGUGUCUGCUAUACACAAAGCAAACAUUAUGCAAAAGACUGAUGGUCUUUUCCUCAAGUGUUGCCGUGAAGUUGCAGAGAAAUAUCCUGAGAUAACGUAUGAGGAAGUUGUCAUUGACAAUUGCUGCAUGAUGCUUGUGAAGAAUCCUGCACUUUUCGAUGUACUGGUGAUGCCUAACCUUUAUGGCGAUAUAAUCAGCGAUCUCUGUGCUGGUUUGAUUGGGGGAUUGGGCUUGACACCAAGCAUUAACAUUGGUGGGGGAGGCAUUGCACUUGCUGAGGCUGUACAUGGUUCAGCACCUGAUAUCGCUGGAAAGAAUUUGGCAAAUCCAACAGCUUUGCUGCUGAGUUCUGUCUCAAUGUUGCGCCAUUUGGAUCUCCACGACAAUGCAGAUAAGAUUCAAAAUGCCAUUCUCAACACAAUUGCAGAAGGGAAGUACCGAACUGCUGAUCUUGGCGGUGUUUCAAAGACAACCGAAUUCACAAAGGCAAUUAUUGAUCAUCUUUGA